UUCAGCGAAGGCAGGAUCCGGCGGGUGGAACCGGGGAAGAGAUGAGCCGCGAAACGCCACCCGGAAAAAAAAAGAAGAGAAAAAAAAAAAAAAGAGAGAGAGAAAAAGGGGGAAAAAGGGAGAAAGGGAAAGGAGAGGAGCGGAAAAACCGACGAGGCUCGGUGCGGUUGUAGCGGGAGCGAACCGAGAGACACGCCGCUGACGGCCGAGCAGUGGGCUGGCACAGCGCGAAACGACCGGCGGCGGUUGGUGCGGCCGGCGUGACGUCAGAGCCGCCGGUGCUGUGAAGAGUUCUCAGAAUAGACUUCUAGGAAACGGUAAAUUUUAAAAGCCAAGCCUUUACACUCUGUCCUUUACACAUUUGGAUCCCAUUCUGGUGACAACACACUCCCAGCCGCCGCCACGGAGCGCUUUCGUUCGCGGUUUUCGCAGGUUUGAGAUCAAUUCCAGUCUCUUACUGUAGAUGAUACCUUCAGCGCUCUUACAUAAACUACAGGACCAGACCCUAUUUGGGUACGCGGAGCUCCUGGGGUCUUUUUUGCCGCUUACAGCAGGCCUGCCCGCAUCAAACCCAUGUUAAAGCCGAUUUUGUUGUUUUCGUAGAGGUGGUUUUCUUUGGACGUAGCUUGGACUCCCGUGUGUUGUCGCUGUCGUGUGUAGUAGUAGGACCCACCGGAUUUUAGCCCCGAGGAUUCAACAAAUAGUAUGAUUCUUUGUGUACCAAGUCCUAGAACUCUUCUGCCCGGUGCUCUGUCCACUGAAGCCCCACAGGGCAUGCGGGCUGGAACUGCACCUCCUACCCCUUGCCUUCAAAGCGCCCCUCCGGUAUGGGACCCCGCAAAGGACCUGCGGGCGAUAGCCAGCAACUUCUGCUAUCUAGAAAAUUCAGGAUGGUACUGGGGAGCUGUAACUGCAGCUCAGGCCCACGCUGCACUUCAAGAGGCAUCUGAGGGAGCGUUUUUGGUACGGGACAGCAGCCACCCGAUGUACAUGCUGACCCUCUCGGUCAGGACUGCACGCGGCCCCACCAGUAUACGGAUCCAGUACAGCGGCGCCCAGUUUUUGCUCGACUCCAGCUCCCCGGCCCGGCCCAGCCUGGCAUCUUUCCCCAGCGUGCCCGGCCUGGUGCAGCACUACAUGGGACCAGAGAGGAAAGCAGAGGAGGGGAAGGUGGAGGUGGAGGCUCCCUCAAAACCCUCCCAGCAGGCAAUUCACGAGGCGUCUGUGGUACUAAAACUCAAGCGGGCUGUGUACAAGCCCCAGGGCCUCCCCUCUCUACAGCAUCUCACACGCCUCGUAAUUAACAGACACUCUGACUGCCCCGACCAGCUACCACUCCCGAGGCCUCUGCUGCGUUACAUACAGGACUAUCCCUUCAAGGUAUGAGGGGUCCCCCAAGUUCAUUAUUAUGGCUGUAUCGCAACUGACUUGAAGGACAAAAAAAAAAAAAAAAAACUGUUAACAGGGUCCUUUAUGCCUAUAAAUGACAUUGCUGCUCCAGCAGUUGGAGGCCAGUCACCAAAAAACUGGACACAGGGUCACGUUUUUACGGACGAAAUAUGUACAAAUUCAGUUAAUACCGACGUGUCUGGUUUCAGACUUAAUUUGUCAAGGACUGGGUGGUGAAGUCUCCCAGAAAGAGGCGACUUGUGAUGAAGGCUCAGUACUGUAAUCCACAGUUGUUUUAUGAUGGAUGUCGAAAUUGUCCAUGUAUAUUUUACCCUCAUCUGUUUUGGAUGUACAUACUGUUUCCAAGGAGUACACUGAUUCCAUUGAAACAUCAUUUUAAGCCAUUUUAUUUUUCUCAGUAAAACAUUUUUUCUACCUUU